GUAGUGACUGAGAGCUUGUUACUGGUGGCAACCAGCUAUUCACGUUACUUCCGGAUUACAGGACCUUAGCCACGCCCCAAUAAUUUGCUGACGAAUAAGGAAGCAUACCUAGGGUUCCUGCGCGGUGACGUUUUAAUCGAUUGAUAUGAUUGGCUAAAGAGUCUAUUGACGACUUAUAGUUUUGGCACGUGAUCCGGAUACACUCGGAACUGUUGGAAGCCGGUAGCAACGGUCUCGUUGCCCCUUUUCACCCCUCACAAUGGCAGGCGACAUUACAGAGACGGGGGAACUGUACUCUCCAUUUAUUGGUCUUGUCUACAUGUUUAACCUUAUUGUUGGCACGGGGGCCCUCACCAUGCCUAAGGCCUUUGCAGGGGCAGGUUGGUUGGUCAGUCUCAUCUUGAUCAUCUUUUUAGCAUUCAUGAGUUAUAUGACAACAACCUUUGUAGUUGAAGCCAUGGCUGCUGCCAACGCUCAGCUGCGCUGGAAAAGAUGGGAGAAGGAAGAGGACUCUGACUCAUCAGAAAGCUCAGAAAGUGAAUCUCUGACCCAUCCUGAUUACAACAGAGCAGAGGUCCGACCCAUCCUUUCUGUGCAGCGUCGGGGAUUAUCUGAUCCAUUUGAGAUUGUAGAGCGUGUGGAAAUGGGUCAGAUGGCUUCUAUGUUUUUUAAUAAAGUUGGAGUGAACCUGUUUUAUAUCUGCAUUAUUAUAUAUCUGUAUGGUGACCUAGCUAUAUAUGCAACAGCUGUGCCCCUGUCCCUGGUGCAGGUCACAUGCUUCACUGGGAAUGUUUCGUGCGGGACACGAACAGGAGAGAAGAAUAUUACAGACCCAUGCUGGGGAUCCAUUCGACGCAUUGAUGCUUAUAGGAUCUACUUGACUGUGUUCGUGGUCCUCUUGGGUCCUUUUACAUUCUUCAAUGUGCAAAAGACAAAAUACCUCCAGAUUUUGACAUCCCUCAUGAGAUGGAUAGCUUUCAUCAUCAUGAUUGUUCUGGCAUUGAUCCGGAUCAGUGAAGGUAAAGGGGACGGUCACCCACCUAUGGCAGAGGUGUCAGGAAUCCGAAAUCUGUUUGGAGUGUGCGUGUACUCCUUCAUGUGCCAACACUCCCUACCAUCACUUAUCACUCCUGUGUCAAAGAAGAAACACUUGACUGGACUUGUGCUUCUGGAUUACUUCUUGGUUCUGUCCUUUUACAGCCUACUCUGCUUUACGGCCAUCUUCUGUUUCAGCUCAGGGGCCCUAAUGGACAUGUAUACACUCAACUUUAGUGGCUGUGACUCACUGGCCCCCCUUUUCCUUGGCUACUUUCUUGGUCUCUUCCCUGUAUUUACCAUCAGCACCAACUUCCCAAUCAUUGCUGUUACUCUACGCAACAACUGGAAGACACUUUUCCAUAGAGAUGGUGGGACCUAUCCGUGGCUUGUUGACCGCAUAGUUUUUCCACUCAUAACCCUGGUUCCUCCUAUUAUUGUAGCCUUCUGUACCACUAACCUUGAGGUCUUGGUGAGCGUCACUGGGGCGUAUGCUGGAAACGGUAUCCAGUACAUUAUUCCAGCAUUUCUGGUGUUUUGCAGCCGCAAAGACUCUGCUCUGGUGUAUGGACCUGAGCUCUCAAAUAAGCACUGUUCUCCUUUCCGGCAAUCUGGUUGGGUGUGGUUUGUGUUAUGCUGGGCCCUGACUUGUCUAAUCUAUGUCACAGCCAACAUUAUUCUGACUGAUGUCUAAUCUUGUCCUGUGGCCAGAGAAAGGACAAGGGAUCUGGGCAAUGCUGUGUCUGUGCAGGUCACAGGAUCUAGUUUAAGGACGAUUGUGUCAUCUAUUACCCGUGUGGGGUUAUUUCUUUCCUCGAAAGUGGGGCUGGUUCUCCACCUCCUCAGUGUGCCCUCAGCAUUUCAAGUACUAGUCUGGACUUAGUGAUACAAUAAAACUCUGUAUCCGAGACCCUGACACCUAAGCGCCUGGCGAUGCCUGACUUUGUGCCUUUUUAUUUUUCACAUUGAGGGUGCUUUGUGUGCAGAGGUCAUGCGGGCACCAUAGCUGCUAAGUACAUUAAGGGUUACAGUGGCGCCCUGUCCGCUCUGCAUCUAUUGAACAUUUUGACAAACUGGUUGCUUUCUGUGUCAGCGUCCAAUGGUUGCCCUGCUAUGCUGUUCCUGAAGGUCAUACUGGUGUCGUGCUUCUGAAGGGGAUACUGGUUACUAGUGUACAGCUGCUGAAGACCGUACUACUGCUGUGGGUCAUGCCAUGCCCUGCAGCUUUUCCCCCUGAAGAUCCUCUCUAGCUGAUUUUGUGUCCUCAGAGUGGCACGGGGUCAUUAGCUCCCUAAGGAGCAGUCAGUAGGACUCACCUAUUUGCACACAGAAUAAAAUCAGUAAAACAAG